CGCCGUCCUUUAUCUUCCAAGAAAAUUUCCAAACGCGGAUUGGCUCCCAUCUNCUCUGACUACAGGAAACGAUAGCUUUCCAGAAACUGCGGGCACAAAGCAGAAUUGAAAGAAAACCCCAAAAAAGCUCCAAUCUUUAAAUCAAGAAUCCCCAGGGUGCGCAGGAGGGGAAAAUGGCUGCUUCGAAGAAGCAGCAGUCUUAUAUAUCUGUGGCGUCGGACAUGGCCAACUCUCACCUUCAAGCUCUGGUCCUCCUCUCUCCCAGGAAGAGGCAUACCCGAACCCAUACCCACCCAAAGUUCAGAUUUUUGCUCUACAAUCCCAGGGUUUGGGCGUUUCUGCUGUUCCUGUUUGGCUUCUUUGGGAUGAUUUUGAAGGUUUUGCUCAGUUCUGAUACUUUUUUGCCCGUCUCCCGGGCGUACCCGUGUCUGGGUAUUCAAGAAAAGGGCGAUUUUGUGGGUUCUCAGACUGGAACUGUGGUGGAUGGGGACGGGGAAAGCGAGUUCUGGAAGCAGCCUGAUGAGUUAGGGUAUCGGCCGUGUUUGGAUUUCAGUAGGGAGUAUUUGAAGCAAAGCGGUGAGAUCGCGAGGGACCGGACGAAGUAUCUCAUCGCAGUGGUUUCCGGGGGAAUGAAUCAGCAGAGGAAUCAGAUUGUGGAUGCUGUGGUGAUUGCCAGGAUUCUUGGAGCUGCUCUGGUUGUUCCCAUCCUGCAAGUCAAUGUUAUUUGGGGUGAUGAAAGUGAAUUUUCAGACAUUUUUGACUUGGAUCACUUCAAGAAAGUCCUUGAGAAUGAUGUGAGGGUGCUUUCUUCCCUUCCAUCAACGCAUAUAAUGACCCGACCUGUGGAAGAGAAACGGACUCCACUCCAUGCUUCCCCCGAAUGGAUUCGCUCACACUAUUCCAAAAAGCUUAGGAGGGAGGGCGUGCUUUUAUUGCGAGGUCUGGAUUCAAGGCUCUCAAAGGACCUUCCUUCUGAUCUUCAAAAACUCAGAUGCAAGGUGGCUUUCCACGCAUUGAGAUUCGCUCCAUCUAUCUUGGAAUUGGGCAAUAAGAUUACGGAGAGGAUGAGGAGCAAAGGACCAUAUCUCGCGCUCCAUCUACGGAUGGAAAAGGAUGUAUGGGUGAGGACGGGAUGCCUUCCCGGUUUGAGCACGAAGUUUGAUGAGAUGAUAAACCAAGAGCGCAAGGCGAGACCCGAGCUUCUAACUUCCCGAUCAAACAUGACCCACCACGAAAGAAAGCUAGCCGGUUUAUGCCCUUUGAAUGCGCUCGAAGUUACUCGGUUGCUCAAAGCAUUGGGUGCUCCAAAGAGUGCCAGGAUAUAUUGGGCAGGAGGGAUUCCAUUGGGUGGCAGAGAAGCUCUGCAGCCAUUGACAAAAGAGUUCCCUCACUUGUACAACAAGGAAGACCUGGCCUUGCCGGGGGAGCUCGAGCCGUUUGCGAAAAAAGCGUCCGUCAUGGCGGGCAUCGACCACAUCGUGUCGGAGAACAGCGAUGUGUUCAUGCCGUCUCACGGCGGGAACAUGGGCCACGCCAUCCAGGGCCACCGGGCCUACGCGGGCCACAAGAAGACGAUCAUCCCAAACAAGAGACAGAUGCUCCAACACUUCGUGAACAACAACGCUUCGGAAGCAGAGCUGGGCCGGAUCAUACUGGGCUUGCACCGGGACUCGGUGGGCCAGCCCGAGUUUCGGAAGCCGGGGAGGGAUAUAACCAAGUACCCUGUGCCUGACUGUAUGUGCAACACAAGUCACUCCCACUAGAAAUCUCAAUUUGUUUUAAUAUGUUCAUUUUUUUUCUUCUUCUUUGUACAUGGUCUGUGUACAUUUGGGUGUAUUUUGGAAGGAGGGAGAGUCUUUGUAUAUUUUUGUAUAGGACAUUGAUUACAGAUGUUCUUUUUUUUUAUUCUUUUUUUAAAAAUUCAAAUUGGUUCAUUUAUUAUUCUUUGUUUCAAAAGUCAAACUAAUUUAUGACGUUUCUGUUGGUGUGCAUUUCCCUGCUUUUGAGUGCUUCUUACAUUAUCUCAUUCCGUUUUUGGUCUCCUGUUCCCUUCCCCUCUUCUACGGCCUGCGGACGGUGCUUUCAACUUCCCGGUUCAAUUUGAAAGAGAAAUUCAGUAUUUGAUUCGAUUUCGAAUAUCGCUAGCGAUUCCCAGA